AUGUAACCUAAGUAGGAGCAUUUUGAAAGGUAAUAUCGAAUACGUAAUGAUAAUAAAGCUUCUGGUCAGUGGAUCAAUAAGUAUACGACUAAAGCAUUUAUAAUCGAAAUCUAGAGAUUCUUUAAUCCGUUCUCAAUAUUAAACUGUUCAAAAAAGCCUCAAUAUUUGAUUAUAAAAUUUAUUUAUAAUGUUACAGGUAAAAAAUCUUCAAAUUUUAGAUAAUUUCCUUUCUUGUUACACACUUUCUGA